AUGAGGAUCUUAUUGGCUGGAAUCCAGAGAUCAAACGAAUCAGAUUUUUUUUCAAGCCAGAAUUUAUUUCUUAAUUUCAAAUCAGUUUCUUUUCACUGGAUUUCACCUUUUAGCGCUUGUAAGUCUUCAAAAUCUUCAACAGGAGGGCGAUCGAACCUCCUCAUUGACUAUUUCUCCAGCAGUUGUGAGUGGCGGCAGCUGGCGGAGGCGAAGAUAAGGUGGUCAUCAACAGUGAUGGGGAAUUGCUUCUGCUCCGUCAUCAAUUACAGACAACGGUGUCUUGAAACAGACAAUUUGGGCGUUUUUUGUUCUGUUAUAUUCGUUAUGUUUGUUUUUGCAGGAUCAAUCGCAGCCGCACAUCACUACGAGUUAUAACGGUGGUGGUGCGGCCACAUUUCACAUCUAGCCAUGUCAUCGUUAGUCAGUUAGAUGCACUCUCUCCCUUCAAGCGAUUGGCUGCCCUAUAUAAAGGGCUAUGUGUUCAAUGAACCUUACUUAGUGAGGUAUAUAUUCAUUCAUAUACAUUCUUCUUCGUUCCUGUUACUUCCGUGAGUGUGUGUGUGGCUUUUCCUUGGAGCGUUUCCGGGCUUUCAAAGCCAACAAACAGGUUGGAACGGAUCGGGUGGAACUUCCUACGGCAUUGGCACAUGGCUCGCCGCUGUAUGUGAUCGCCAUCAACGACACCGGUGGCGUUAAACAGGCCCUACACCUGCUUAAGUACGACUCCACCAUCGGCAUCAUCGUCGUCGUCGACGGAGAUGGCGCUGCCGCCAUCUCCGUCGACGGCAAGGUCAUCCAAGUCGUCUCCUGCCACAACCCCCGAAAUCUCCCCUGGAAGUGAGCCCCCUCCCCCCUCCCUCUCUCUCUCUCUCUCUCUCUCUCUCUCUCUCUCUCUCUCUCCAGCUCUUUGAAGGAUAUGCAUGGUGUGAUGGCAGGGAUCUGGGAAUUUACCUGGUGAUCGAGGGGACGGGAGUGUUCGUCGACAGAGAGGGCGUCGGGAAGCACAUCGAAGCUGGGGCGAAGAAGGUGCUCAUCACCGUCCCCGAGAAGGGGAACAUCCCUACCUACGUCGUCGGAGCUAACGACGACGGCUACAACCCCGACGAGCCCAUCAUCAGCAACGCCUCCUGCACCAUAAACUGCCUCGCCCCCUUCGUCAAGGUCCUUGACCAGAAGUUCGGUGAGCCCCUCCGCACCUCUUCACCUCCCCUCGUCGAUCGCCAGCGAUGGACGGGAGGGAGACUGUGGUUGUUGUUUAGCAAGUAAGAGUUUAUCUAUCCGACGGCAGGAAUCAUCACGGGCACCAUGACCACAACCCACUCAUACACCGGCGACCAGAGGCUGCUCGACGCCAGCCACCGCGACCUCCAGCGAGCGCGGGCCGCCGCCCUCAACAUCGUCCCCACCUCCACCGGCGCCGCCAAGGCGGUGGCGCUCGUCCUGCCGUCGCUCAAGGGAAGCUCAACGGGAUCGCCCUCCGCGUGCCUACUCCCAACGUCUCCGUGGUCGACCUCGUCGUCCAGGUCUCCAAGAAGACCUUCGCGGAGGAGGUCAGCGCCGCCUUCAGGGAGAGCGCGGAGAAGGAGCUCAACGGGAUCCUCUCCGUCUGCGACGAGCCCCUCGUCUCCGUCGACUUCCGCUGCAGCGACGUCUCCUCCACUGUGGGCUCCUCCCUGACCAUGGUCAUGGGCGACGACAUGGUCAUGGUCAUCGCCUGGUACGACAACGAGUGGGGCUACUCCCAGAGGGUCGUCGAUCUCGCCGGCAUCGUCGCCAAAAAGUGUAAGUGA